AUGGACCCCUCCAAAGUCAAGAUCCCGCCGUUGAUGGACCUGACCAUCGACAACAUCACGGAGAAUGUCAACCUGAUCAACUCGGCCAAUCCGGACCCGCGGUUCAAGUACAUCCUCGAACGGCUGGUGGUGCACUUACAUGACUUUGCGCGGGAGACGAGGUUGAGCACGCAGGAGUGGAUGGCGGGGAUCCAGUUCCUCACGAAGACGGGCCAUAUCUGUACCGACGUGAGGCAGGAAUUCAUCCUCCUCUCCGACAUCCUGGGCCUCUCCCUCCUCGUCGACAGCAUCGACCACCCCAAACCGAAAGGGUCGACAGACGGCACCGUCCUGGGACCCUUCCACACCCACGAGGCCGAGACCAUGGAGCACGGCAGCGCCAUGUCGCACGACGCCAACGGCGAGCCGCUGCUCGUGCUGUGCACCGUCAAGGACGUGUCGGGCAACCCGAUCGAGGGGGUCAAGAUCGACAUCUGGGAGACGGACUCGUCGGGCAAGUACGACGUCCAGCACCCCGACCGCGACGGCCCCGACGGCCGCUGCAUCAUGACGAGUGACGCCCAGGGCAUAUUCUGGUUCAACGCGAUCGUGCCGGUGCCGUACCCGAUCCCGCACGACGGGCCUGUGGGCCAGCUGUUGAUGAAGCUGGGGCGGCACCCCAUGAGGCCGGCGCAUAUGCAUUUCAUGUUCGAGAAGGAGGGGUUUGACCAUCUGAUAACGGCCUUGUACCUGAAAAACGACCCUUACGAGACCUCGGACGCGGUCUUUGGCGUGAAAAACUCCCUCGUCGUCGAGCUCGGCAAGUGCUCCGCCGACGUGGCCCGGAAGUACGGCGUCAAGGAGGGCACCGCGCUCCUGACGUACGACUUCGUGCUGGUCACGGACCAGGAGAGCGCGGACCUGCGGGCCGAAAACUCGCGGCGCGCGCUCGAGAAGCUGGGCCGCAGGGUCAAGAUCGUGCAGGGCCUGCCCGUCCCGGAUGUCGAUUGA